AUGGCCACGCCAACAAAGGUUGUGCACGAGAUGUGGGAGAGUUUGAACGAGGAGGUGGAAGCUCGCGACGUACAACCAAGUCCGGAGAUUCGUAAGCAGAUGACACACGUCAAGAACUUUUUCCUCACCAAGCUCAUCGACUGGCCUGAUCAUGAUUUGAGGACCAAACACGUUUUUUCCCAGGGUAGCUGCAUCUACGUACGUGCUCCAGACAACGGGCGCAUACCCAUCGCGGAAGCCAAGAAGGAUUACUUUGUAACCAGAGAUGCCCAUCGAAACUCUACACCUGACGCAGACCAUGCUGUGCAAUGGGUCAUAUUCAUCUUCGAGAGCCCUUUAUCACUGCUCAAGUUUGCCAAAAGCAUGAAUGCCAGGUUGUUUAGUCCCACGACAACACUUACUCUCCAGCUGCACCUCUUCCAUUUGAACCGUUUACCCAGAGUCGCUUGCUCGUUGGGUGCCGUUCGCGAAGCACUUCGAGAUCAGUUGGAGGAAUGGAAAGUGGCUUUGACAGCACUUCGGCCUAAGUUGAAUUUGAAGCUCCGACUAGUCUUGGCCCAAGAAAAUGAUACUAUCUUUGACCUUGAAGACGAGACAGAAGAAUUCCGGAAAGCCCGAAUGGGAUAUCUGAAGGAGCUGAAGGUGUUGUGGUUGGAUUGA